AUGUCGACUUGCCCAGGUUCGGUCACUAAAUCCCUGGCCAGCGGAGAUCCUGGCAACUCUGAUGUGCCUUCUCUCAAGUUGAACUCCACGGGCCAGUCGUCAGAUCAUGACUUUCGCAAUCAGGAACCUUUCUGCUCGAUAUCCAACCGACAACCGGAUUUGGCCAGAGUAACUGGUGGAGAGACGCCCUCCCUCUCCAAGGUCAAAAUAGCAGCUGCAGCCCGCGAGAUCAUUCGCGCAGUCGGCGAGGACCCAGCCCGUGAGGGUCUCGCAGAGACGCCAAACAGAUACGCGGAGGCGCUUCAGUUCUUCACUCAAGGGUACACCAAGAACAUUCACGAGGUCUCCAAUGAUGCUAUUUUUAGCAUAGACUCCAGGGAACUUGUCAUCGUCAGAAACAUCGACAUCUUCAGCAUGUGUGAGCACCAUAUGGUUCCAUUCACUGGAAAGGCAAGUCGUGGCUCUUCCUUUCACGCCGGUAGAAUAGCAGGCUUUGACACACUCAAGGGUAGAAAAGAGCUAUGGGAAGCUCGAACUGACACUAUGCACAUUGGAUACGUCCCUAACGGCCGCGUGCUUGGGUUGUCGAAGCUGCCUCGGAUUGCUGAGGUCUAUGCGCGCAGACUCCAGAUCCAGGAGCGUCUAACGAAGCAGGUCGGAGAGGCCAUCAAUGAGGUUCUCAGCCCUCUGGGCGUCGCCGUCGUUCUGGAGUGCACUCACAUGUGCAUGGUGAUGAGGGGCGUGCAAAAGACGGGGACAGUGACUCUGACGCAGAGCAUGAUUGGUCUGUUGAAGGAUGAUCUGGAAGAACAGAAGAAGUUCUAUGCUCUGCUUGCUCAGGGGCAGCAGCGCGGUUAG